UCGCCUCCCUUCAGCAUUGCUCAGUGCUUUAUCAUAUCAUAGUUCUCUUUGUGAGAUUUUUCAAGCUGCAGGGAUGACCGAUGUCCAACACUCGCCAGAAGCUGACAACCAAAGCCACGGAAAAGAGCCACAAUGUAAUCAUUUAACAGACACUAAAGAGGGGAAUCGAGCUAUAACGUUAGCUAUCGACAGAAUGUUCUAGAAUGGUCAUGUGAUGUCCGGAGACCAGUUAUGUCGCACUUUUAAAAAAAUACUCUGACGUACUUGUCUGUUUAUUAUAGGAGUUCGUUCGCCGUCGUAAACAUAAACAGGUUUAAAUGUAAAACAGCGUUUCGGUGUUAGUUUAGGGUAUAAAAUAGAGGGCAGUUUCGAUGCAUACGUUUUAGAGGAAUAUUUUCUCGGUGUUAAAGCAGCGAGGGGGAAGAAGGGAGCACGUGAGGGGUCUUGUCCAAUGGGAUUGGGCGCUUUCAGCAGGAGGGUAUAAAUACUAGGCGGUUGCCGUGAGAGACGUCCGCCAUUGAUGACUAACCUUUCAAAGAAACAGUGUAAUUUCAAACGUAUUCAUGUAUAUGAUGUUAAUUUGUUCUGUUGGCGUUGAAAACUAAGUUCAAAAAUCUUUUAAGUCGUUUUCAAAGAGGGGUUUUCGGGCGCAAAGCAUCAACAAGAUCCUUCGGUUGGUGAAGUUUUCCAGCAGAGCUCAUCCUGCACUGCAUCGUCUGUCUCAGUUCUGCAGUUUAAACUUUCUUUGUUGUUCCCGAGACGGAAAGUGGCACAGACAGUGGAUGUGUAAUGCUCACUGAGCUGCCUAGGUGUAGUUGCAAAAGCCCUUUCCAUACUGGUCACCACUCCCUGGAUCGGCUCAGACGAUGUCUGAUGUGAAACCCCCACAGAACUUCAUCAUGAAUGGGAAUCCCCCUCCCCCUGAGUUCAAGAACCCCAAAAGGCCUGGGCGCCUCACCAAUCAGUUGCAGUAUGUAGAAAAAGUGGUGAUUAAGUCCCUGUUGAGACAUCAAUUCUCCUGGCCUUUCAGACAGCCUGUGGAUGCAGCCCGACUCAAUUUGCCAGAUUAUUAUAAAAUAAUCAAGAACCCAAUGGACUUGAGCACCAUUAAAAAGCGUCUUGAAAACAAUUACUACUGGAAGGCAAUGGAGUGUAUUGAAGACUUCAACACCAUGUUCACAAACUGUUACAUGUACAAUCGGCCAGCAGAUGACAUUGUUCUGAUGGCUCAAGCCCUUGAGAAGCUUUUUUUGGAGAAGGUGGCAAAGAUGCCUCAAGAUGAGUUUGAGAUCUCUGCUCUGACAACUAAAGCUCCUGUGAAAGGAGGAAGGACAACAACAGCAGUGUUAAAGAGGCCACAGUCUCCUGUGUCUGAGGUGGUUUUCCAGCAAACAGUGACUGUCAUCCCUCCGGAUGCUCUCCACACAAUUCCCUCUGCUCCCCUGUCUGCACAACUCACCGCCAAAUUGAAAAAUGGUGUGAAAAGAAAAGCAGACACUACGACCCCUUCUGCCUCUUCCAUCAACAGCUGUGAGUCAUCCCCUUGUGUAACAGAACCAAAAGUCCUUAAGUUAUUCUCCAGGCGAGGCAGCGGCCGACCCAUCAAACCUCCCCGUAAAGACCUUCCUGAAUCACCACCACAGCAUCAGGUGGGCAGAAGGACCAAACUCUCAGAGAGACUCAAAUACUGCAAUGCCAUCCUAAAAGAGAUGUUUGCCAAAAAGCAUUCUGCUUACGCCUGGCCCUUUUAUAAGCCUGUGGAUGCAAAGACACUGGGCCUUCUUGAUUAUCAUGAAAUCAUUCACCAACCUAUGGAUAUGAGUACCAUCAAAAAAAAGAUGGAAGCUCGUGAGUACACCGAUGCAUUGCAAUUCGCUGCAGAUGUGCGACUCAUGUUCUCAAACUGCUACAAAUACAAUCCACCCAGCCAUGAGGUAGUGGCCAUGGCAAGAAAACUUCAGGAUGUUUUUGAGUUUCGCUUCUCCAAAAUUCCUGACGAGCCGAGGAAUUCAGCCCCAUCCUCUAGUCAGAACAGAGUAAAGAAGGAGAGAGCACACAGUCCAUCCAGCUCUGAGAGCAGUGACAGCGAAUCAUCGUCUCCAUCAGAAAACUCCUCAGACACAGAAGAGGAUGAAGAGGAGAGAGUGCAGAGACUUGCCAACCUGGAGGAACAGCUGAAAGCAGUUCGAGAGCAGCUGCAGUUACUGACCCAAACACCUCUCUUGAAACCAAAGAAAAGGGAAAAGUCCAAGAAGAAGAGGAAGAAAGAGAGAGAGUCCAGUAAGCGAAAAGGUGAAGAAAUGAAGAAACCGGCAAAAAUACAGAAGAGGUCCAACAGCAAGUCAUCAGGGCGGAAGGAAAGCAGAGCAUACGACUCCGAGGAAGAGAUGAAUACAUUACCCAUGUCUUAUGAGGAGAAACGGCAACUGAGUCUGGACAUUAACAAGCUUCCUGGAGACAAGCUUGGCAAAGUAGUGAACAUCAUCAAGGCGCGAGAACCCUUGCUUAGGGACACAGACCCUGAGGAAAUCGAGAUCGACUUUGAGACUCUCAAACCUUCAACUCUUCGAGCUCUCGAGUGUUAUGUUGUCACUUGCCUCAAAAAGCCGAAAGAAACUGACAAAAAGAAGCUCCAGAAGAAGUCUAAAAUCAAGGAAAUGGACAAAGAGCUGCAACACACAAAUGGAGAAUCAAAUAAUAAAAAGGCCAAAAUUGAAGCAGAAGGGGAGUUUAAAGACAUGAGCCGUCCGUGUCGUCUGAGUGACAGCAGCAGCAGCUCGUCCAGCUCUGACAGCAGUAGUAGUGACUCUAGCUCCUCUGAUAGCUGUGACUCUGAUUCAGAACAGAAAGCUAAGAGGAAGCAAAGCAAAGCCCCUGGCCAUGCCCACAAAAUUAAAAACAAGGCAUCGCGGCAGGCCGUUGCUGAGGUAAAGGACUCUUCUGCCUCAGUCGUGACGUGCCAGUCUCGUCCAGCGUCACUAGUCUCAGAGGCAGACUCCAAAGACCUGUUUGCGUCACAACAUGCAAAGCAUCCUGCCGAGGACAUCAUGGCAAUCCCAGGUGUUCCUCCUCUUCUGUCACCACUGACCUCACCUCCUGCAGCCAUGCCUGUCACAGGAUGCCAGCCUACCUCCAGCUCUCAGUUUGAGCAGUGUAAAUUGUUGUCACCUCUGCAUGAGAGUCCAUUAACCAACAUGAGGGAUGAGCAGAGCUGCCCAGAGACACUGGAAGAGCCCUCCGUUCAGCUGCACAAAAUGAACGGAGCUAAGUACGAUGGCAGUGAACUAUGCAAGCCCAUUCAAGAUGCCAAAUCCAACCUGCCUAAAAAGGAUAUUGUACUAAAGCAUGCAGACUCUUGGACAAGCUUGGGGAAGAUGGCUACUCAAACUCCUUGCCCAAUCAAAUCAUCCAAGGAAAGUUUCCAGCAGUUUCGCAAAGUUGCCAUGGAGAAAGAGGAACGAGAGAGAGCUCGUAAACUGCAGAUGGAAGCUGGUCGAGAGAAGAGCAGCACAGACAAAAGCGGCCUGACGCAGCAGCUUCAAAAAACCAAGCUGGACUGCCCACCUUCAAAUCCAGAAGUGGAGUCAGCAGAGCUGUCUGUGAUGGCAGCCAUCUUGGAUACCCCCAAAGCCCCUGAGCCCUCCUCUCUUCCACAGAGCUCUGUUGACAGAGAACGAGAGAUGGCUCGCAAGAGAGAGCAGGAGCGCCGCAGGAGAGAGGCUAUGUCCGGAGUCAUCGAUAUGACCAUGCAGAGUGACAUAAUGGCAACCUUUGAGAAGAACUUGGACUGAGAUUAACAAACAAAUAAAAAGAAAUUUGCUUGUGUGUUGCGCUACUGUUCGGUGAACAGUGUAGGCCAUCUUUUCUCUUCCCCUACUUGCUCCAUGAGUCCUGGCGACUGAAACGGGUCUUUGGUCUUUUGACGGGCAAAAAUACUGCAAUACAGCUGCAUCACUUUACAUUUGUACUAAGUUAGCUCUUGUAAAAAUAAGAAAACAGUCGUGGACAGCAUAUGAUGUUGUAAGACCAAUAUUUGCACCAAUAAUAGUGAGUGUAUAUUCUUGAGUUUUUGUUAUUUUGAUACGUUUGAUGCUUGGAUUCAGAAAUGCCUGCACUGAAACGCUGUCAAUUGUCUGCGGCAGUUUGGAAAGAGAAACGUCUGUCAUUUCACAACAGUUUUUGUGUUUCUUAACAUGUUUUUUGUUUGUUUGUUUGUUUGUUUGGUUUUUUUUAAAUACUGAAGAAUGUUUACUUCUCUUGAUUAUUAUUGCAAUCGGAUUCUUUGACACAUUCCAUCGACUCUUCUGCUGUAUGAAUAUUGCAUAGCUGGUCGUCUUGCGCUAGCUGUUGUCAGAACUGUAAGGGAUAUUCCUGUGCAGGGCCCCGACCCUGUUUAUCCUACUAGCUGGUAUUUCAUGUAUUUGACGUAAAGCAGCAGUUUAAACAGAAAAUAUGCUUGCUGUGUUAAACUUGUCCUGUUUAAUUUUAUAUAUAUAUAUAUAUAUAUAUAUAUAUAUAUAUAUAUAUAUAUAUCAAAAGAAAAUUCUGUAGUGUCAGAAAUGUAACCUAAGCAUGCGUGUAUAAAUAUUUAGCAUUUUGUUACAGGGCAGCCAUUUUUUUCCAAGUGUCCGCCUAUGAAGAAUCAGACUUAUUUAGAGCAGUUAUUGCACUUCUUGUAUUUCUAUUUGUAUCCAUUUGGAAGUGCAGUGCCAUAAAGUUUCUCUCUUGGAGAUAAUAGGCAGUUCUCUGUGCCUAAAGUCAGUGGGUUCUCCAAAGCCGUGUUGAUUCCAAGGUGUGAUCUGGUGAUUGUACUGCACUGAAGAUAUGUUCAAAAUCCUUUCUGACUAUAUUGUGUGGCAGUUUUCAUCACAAGCACUUUAUUCAUUACACCACCAUGCUGAGGUGUCACAUGCUAUUGAGGGGAAGAAUAAUAUAUUAUUUCAAAGAAAUCACAUUCUAAAAGUUAAAUCAAUAAAUAAGUAUUUUCAGUAAA